UCGUUGUAUGGAAAUAGAACAGUGGAGGGGAUAAAGCAACAGGCAAAUCGUGCUAUUUUGGUAAAAAAGUUUAUAAGCUUUUUUCUUUAGAUAGUUUAAUUUAAUAAUUGUUAUUCAAAGAUCGUGUAGUAUAAUUUUGUAUUAUGGCAGACGAAAAACUACCCGAAGAGGUGACCAAAUAUAGUUUCAGGUCUAAAACGUGGGAUUAUAUGAAAAAAAACGGAUUAGUAAGCUUUCCACUUAAUAUUCAUAAUCGCAUUCCAAACUUUAAAGGUGCUAUAAAGGCAGCUCAACGUUUAACAGAGUUGGAAGAAUUUAAGAAAGCAAAAACUAUAGAAAUCAGUCCAGACAAACCACAGAAGCCUGUAAGAUAUUUAGCUCUAGUAGCGAAUAAAGAGAUACUUGUCCCUAUUCCAAGAUUACGUUCUGGUCUGUUUCUUCAUAUUACGUCUGUAGCUGGUGCAACAAAAGCAGAAUUGAAAACUCUUUCAACGAUAUAUGGCUUGAAACAAGUUGGUAAACCGAUUGGAGUUGAUUCAAAUAUAAAGGUAGAUUUAGUUGUAUUAGGUUCUGUGUGUGUGAGUCGAGAAGGAUACAGGCUUGGUAAAGGAGAAGGUUUCGCAGAUUUGGAAUUUGCAAUGAUGGUGCGAAUGGGUGCAAUAACAGAAAAUACUAAGGUUAUUACAACCGUACAUGACUGUCAAAUAGUAGAUGAUCUUCCAUCACAGUUGUUCAAAGAGCACGAUGUACCUGUUGAUAUAAUAAUUACACCAACGCAAACAAUAAUAGUCCAACAAAAAGUGAAAAAGUAUUCUGGCAUCAUAUGGGAAAUGCUUAGUGAAAGAAAACUUGCGACUAUGCCGGUGCUAAGACAGCUCAAAGAAAUGGAUGAAAAAGAAGGAAAGAUAGUAAUUCUAAAGGAAGUAGAUUCUGACACAGAAACAAAACAAUAUUACAAAAAUCACACUAAACGUUUGAAAUAUAAAAAACGAUUCAAUCCGAAUCAAUUUCCAUUUAAAACAGAAGAUUCUGCUCCUGAGGAAGAAAGUAUUAAGAAGAUAAAAAAAUCAUUUCCAAAAAAGAGGUAUUCCAGAAAUGUGAAAAAAGGAGAAAAUAUUGAUCCUUCUUCUAAAGAUAAAGAGGAAAAAAAACUCGGAAAAAGUACUGAACGCAGAAAAUAUGCUAAUCCAAGACUGAAAUCAAAUAUUGACUUUUCUUUAAAAUUAUCGAAUAUCUCGUACGGCGUAAGAGUACGCGAUUUAAAAAAUGCUUUGCUAGAACGUGGUGUUAAACCAAACGAGAUAAUCUGGCAAGGAUAUCGUGGUAUUUGUUAUCUUCAUUUUAACAAACUCAGAGGUGAAAAUAUAUCCCCGCAUCAACCAGUUCAAGUAGAUUCCAUAGUAGCGAAUUUACAACAGCUUCGAAUCGGCGAUUCGACGGAUAUAAUCGUCGAACCUGCGAAACCAAUUUCUAGAAUCGAAGUAACAGAUGUGUCGGCUGUAUAAAAUAAGACUUGAAAAUGUUUACUUUAUUUACAAAUAUUUUCUAACUGAAUUUAUUUAGUUGGGGACGACUGUCCUAUAUAAAGCAGAAAUCAUUUGAAAUUGAAGGACGUAUACGAGUUUACAGAAAAAAAAAGUAUACACGCGUAAAAGAAUAUUUUGUUUUUUAUCGUAAUAAUCGCUGAAAUCAGGAUAUAGAAUUAAUUUGUUAUACUGUUCUACGAAAGAAUAUUUUUGUAAUAUUUUUAAUUAGUGAAAGAUGAGAAUGGCAAGAUGUUAAAGAUCCCUCGUAUAUCGUACUGUGAUGACUUUAAAAAUAUUAUUACAUGUUGUUUGAUAAUUCGAUUGAAUUUAAUGGUAAAUUUGAAGUUAAAGAUUAUUAUAAGUCUGAAUCAGCUUUAUACGAAAUAUAGAUACUUUAUGAUUUAUCGUUAGACUCGCAAGAAAGCUUUUUUUUAAUCUAUUAUUUAUUAAAGCUGCAAGUAAAAGCUGUAUAUUAUUUUGUUAUUAAGUGUAUCUACGUUGUACGUAUUUGAUUUACUCAUCUAAACGAUCUAAUGUAAAAUUUCUAAAUCUUUAUUUUCUAUAUAUAAAUUUACUGUGAUCACGUAAAGAAUACUUAAACAUAGAAACAGAUUUAUAUUAUUUUUGUGAGUUGUUGAGAGAGCCAAGGCAAUUAAUAAUAGAUAGGACUCGUAUCUGCGAUAAUAAGUUGUGACAUUUAUCGAAUGACGACAAUAGUUGCUGCAUUAGUUUAUACAUUAAUUGGUACAUGCGGAAAUAAGAAGCUGCGUUUUUGUCACUUAUGUAAGAAGAAAGGAAAUACUCUAUUUUUUCUGAACGAAUAUUUUCACACGAAAGAUGUAACAUUUUUGAAAUCUAAUCUUAGAGAAGUAUGCUUCCAUGAUACAACAAACCGCUUUUAGAUACAUAUAGUGGGCUUCCAUGUUACGCGAGAUACAAAAAAGAUAUGAAUUUGUAUGCGUUUGUUAAUGAGCAGGUCUACGGCAAUAUUUUGUGAUAUUAAUAAUUAUUAUUUGUUGUCUUUAAGAUAUAGUUGUAAUGCUUCACGAUGGUAUUUACUUUUAUUAAUAUAUUAACAUACUAUGUUUUUAUAAUUGUCACAA